AUGGCCUCCCACACAGCUCUGCCAGCAUACUGGCCCUGGGAGGAUGAGCACAGCCUCCAAAAGCCGGGACUUGUAGUGAUUGCAGAGAAGAGGAAGCAGUCUCCAGAGGGUGCUGAAGGCAAGGAUGCAGCAAAAGUAACUAAACAAGAGCCCACAAGACGAUCAGCAAGAUUGUCAGCUAAACCUGCUCCGCCAAAACCUGAACCCAAACCAAGGAAAACCACAAAGAAGGAACCUGGAACAAAGGCCAACAAAGGUGCUAAAGGGAAGAAGGAUGAAAAGCAAGAAGCUGCAAAGGAAGGUACUACACCAUCUGAAAAUGGUGAAAAUAAAGCUGAAGAGGCUCAGAAAACUGAAUCUGUAGGUGACAAGAAUGAAUGAAAUAUCAUGAAAAUUUUGGGUUGAUUUUAUGUACCUCUUGGACAACUUUUAAAAGAUAUUUUUAUCAAGUAUUUUGUAAAUGCUAAUUUUUUUAGGACUAUGAUAGUUGACAUAUUAAACUGUAUAUGAACAUUUCCUUCUCAUAACAGUGCUUUUAGAAAUACCCAUUGUUGCCAAGUAAUAUAAAUAUCAACUUAAUAUUGCAAGGUAUGUGUAAAAUUGGAUCAGCAUUCCAUACACUUGCUUUAAGAAAUUAAGUCUUGUGCAUAUGGUGAUGUUUUUACUGUGCGUAUUUGAAUUUUUCAUGCAGUUUUUCUAGAGCAAUAAUCAGUGGUGCUUUUGUACUUAGGGUUUAUGUGAUUUUAAUGAAACAUGGAUAGAUGUGGCCACCUGCUGACUAUCUUGGGUUCUUUUAAUGGAUUAAAAUAAAAGGUCUCCUUGCCUGCAAAACUACAGCCUCCUAAUGUUUUCUCUACAUCUGAGGAAUGCCUUACUCUUAUUUUCAGCUGUUACAAGGAAGACUAAAUGAUUUAGCAGCAGUUGUUUUGCAUGCAGUCUGUUUGCUUUUAUGCUGAUGUCUGAUACGAGAAAUACCCACACAGGAGUAGCAGGCUGGGAUUGUCAGUGGCCCGCAACUUAAGGGACUUACAGAUACAUUCUUCAUAGAUACAUUCUUCAGAUACACUGUCACAGGGUGAGUAGAAUUGCCAUACUCUAUCAGGAUAUUGUGUGUGCAGUGAGCCAUCAAUACAGAAUUAAUUGCUUGAUUGAUAGAGACGUACAGUAACUUAAAAGUAGCUUUGUUUCUCCCCCACUCUCUCUUCAUUAACUUGCAUUGUAUUCUGUGGAAACCUUUCUAUCUGCAGCCUCAAAUUUAAUAUAAAUAGCAAUUGCUGUUCUGCUUCAGCUGAGGACAGUUGUUAAUACAUUGAAAUCGCUGUUAAACAGCGCUAUAUAUUUGGUACCUAGUAGAAACGGAGCAAUGAAAGUUAUUUUUGAGGUGAUUGUGGUUCUAUGGUAGAUUAGCUAAUGAUUUUUCAGCGUCCAUGUUUCAACUCUGCAGCUCAUUCCAAGCGUCUGUUACAAUUUUUCUCCUUCUCUCUUCUCUAGGGGCCCUGGUAUUUCUAUUGUUACUUGUGGGAUGGGAGGGGUGAGAGAAAAGAUGUUCCUCAGUAGCAUUGAUUUGUAUUGCUCAAGUGUUGGCCGUCAUGUCUGAGGAUACUUUUUGCUUGUUAAAGUCAAUAAAUAAAUGACUGUUGCCUGA